AAAGGAGGGGAGAGAGGGAGAGAAGAAUGAGAACAAGGAGGGCAUAUAUAUAUAGAACACUGUAAUCUUGUAAUGACUGUACUACGAUGAUCGAUUAUUGUGCAGGAAUUAUCGACCCGGUAGCAUUUCGCAACAUCAAACAAAAGGUUCUGCUUUGCUGCUAUACAAGGCUUCUUUGGCAGUUCAGGUUCUGCAGUUUCAAGUCAUUUGGCUGUACCAUGGAUACUAUAUGUUCCUCUUUUAUUUCUGUAUAUGGCAUUAUGUAAUUCUACUUACGUAGAAGUGUUUUUGGAGUACAGAAUUGCUUUUCUAAUUGAUGAUACAAAAAUGUCGCGUGUAUUGUUUGGUUGUGAUUGAUGUAUUAAAAGGAAACAGUGGAAAUGGAAGCGGAUCAGUUUGAUUUUUCCUUUCAAAAACCAGGGUCGUCAGUUAAAGUCAAAAUGGCCUAGAGCCUUGGUGACUUGACUUGAUCAAAAGAUCUUACUCGUUUUCUCCCCAGUGGCUGACUUCUCUUUUCAUUCAUCAGCCUUGUGCUCCAUGUACUUGUUUAUCAGUAUAUGCACCACGUAUAUUUUAUACUCUUUGCAUGUUUCAAUUUUUGAAGAUCUGGGCUCUGUUAAUAUCCUUCUAACCUCAUCCCAUAUUUGAUUUUAAAGUUCACUGGUUGAUGAAUUCGCCAUUUAACUCGCUUCACUUGAAGAACUGAAUCAGCUUCAGUACUCAGGAAGUUGAUCAGAGUCGUCGGUAGUGAUCAGAAGCCACAACUUGAUAUGGGUGGGGGAAUUCGCACAAGCGUGAAGGGGUACCUCCUUUCGCAGCGGAUCACUACGGCUUCAGAUACAGUGCAUGCAAACGAGAGCACCAAUAGAAAUUUCACUGCGCCCCAAGCUGCUGAUUCAGAACAAGAGACGAGCACGGACUUGGAUUCAUCUAACUCAUAUUGGCUCAGUAGGUUUAGUGGUAGCAUGUCUUGCUUGCCGAUAUUGGGCUCCGCUCCAAAGAGCAAGGUUUCAAACGGAACUAGAAUCAGAGCUGAGAGUCUGCGUCACAGAGUGCCUUCAACUCCUCGGACAGAGGUUGAGAUCUUGCUAAGGAGCUUCUUUUUUAAUGAACUAAAAACCGCCACCAGGAACUUUCGGCCUGAUAAUGUGGUGGGUGAGGGUGGUUUUGGUACUGUCUUUAAGGGGUGGAUUGAUCAGAAUUCAUUAGCAGCUGCCAAGCCUGGUAAAGGAAUGGCUGUUGCUAUAAAGAGGCUUAACCAAGAAAGUUAUCAGGGUCGGGAGGAAUGGUUUAGAGAAAUUUACUACCUUGGACAGCUGCGUCACCCAAAUCUUGUGAAGUUGAUAGGCUAUUGUUCAGAGGAUAACGAACUGCUUCUUGUGUAUGAAUUUGUGCCCCAUGGCAGUUUGGAUAAUCAUAUAUUUAGAAGGAGUUCUCACUUUCAACCACUUUCAUGGACUUUUCGUAUGAAGAUUGCCCUUGGUGCUGCGAAGGCUCUAGCAUUUCUUCACAAUGAAGCAAAAGUUAUAUAUCGUGACUUUAAAGCAGCUAAUAUUCUGUUGGACUCAACCUACAAUGUCAAGCUCUCUGAUUUUGGUUUGGCCAUGGAUGGGCGAUUAAUUGACAGACACCCAGGUGCCAAAACAAGGGUCAUUGGCACAUAUGGAUGUGCAGCUCCCAAGUAUAUAGAAACAAGGGUCAUGGGCACAUAUGGACAUGCAGCUCCUGAGUAUAUAGCUACAGGUCGUCUAAACACCAAAUGUGAUGUGUAUGGUUUUGGAGCUGUUAUGCUCGAAUUGUUGUCAGGAAGACGAGUUUUUGACCGAAGCCGGCUACCUGGGGAACAGAAAUUAGUUAAAUGGGCCAAACCUUACCUUGUCAGCAAACAGAGAGUCCUCCAAAUUUUUGAUUCUCAUAUUAAAGGCCAGUUUUCUGUAGCCAGAGCUCUUAAAGCAGUUGACGUUGCAUUUCUUUGCCUAUCAAGAGAUCCCAAGCUUAGGCCAAACAUGAAUAAUGUGGUAAAAACAUUGGAGAAGCUUCAGGAAUCCAGUGACAUAGAUGGCUUGGGGAUCUCUCAAAAUAAACGUCGCCAAAAUCCACAUGUCAGUUUAAUCAUUGGUCCCAAAUAGUACAGGAGAAGUAUCAAUGGAACCAGCAAUUCAACACUGCCCUGAGUUUUUCAUUCAUUCAUUGGUUCAAAGGGAAUUUGCGUAUUCAGUCCAGAGAAGAAAAACAAAGGAGAACAUGAAUGGCGCAUGUAUAUAAUUAAAUAUUGAAAAUCAUAUCUUGUAAUGAGUAUGUACUGCGACAGUUUAGUAUACAGAUUUUUGUUUUCGUGAACGUCUGCAUGGUUACUUGUCCCUGAAGGCUGAAGCAUUUCUCUUUUCUGGCCCUGGAAUAUGAGGAACAUUAGGUUUGAUCAUCACACCACUUUGUGACAUGAUACUGUCUGGUCUUGCAGCUUAAGCUGAUCAGUAGUCGGGAGUUGAAGAGAGCUGAUGUAGUUUGUUAUGAUUGGCAAUUAGCCUAAUAUUAAUAUCAACAAAUGCAGAGAAGAGCUGAUGUAGUCUGUUACUCUGUUUGAUUGAAAACUUUCUUUCAUUUGUAGUCGGAAAGCCACCAAUAGGGCAGAAUCGGAUGUUCAAAUGAAUUGAUUUCUAAUUCCAAGUAAUUUAUGAGAUAAAUACGAGUAGAAAACGUGUUAAUUGGUGUCGACAUGAUGCUACGUAGGGCAACCAAGUCUCGGUCCUGCCUCUGUUAGGUCUUUCUCUUUCUGUUUCCGAGAG